AUGCUGGCUGUGUGGUCUCUGCUUCUUCUUGGGGGUCUAGUGACCCCCAGCCAUGGGCUGCUUGAGACAGUGGGUACUCUUGCACGGAUCGACAAGGACGAACUCGGCAAAGCCAUCCAGAACUCACUCGUUGGGGGACCCAUUCUGCAGAAUGUGUUGGGAACCGUCACUUCCUUGAACCAGGGCCUCCUGGGCUCUGGUGGACUGCUGGGAGGAGGCGGUCUUCUGAGCUAUGGAGGAAUUUUUGGUGUGGUUGAGGAGCUCUCUGGGCUGAAGAUCGAGGAGCUCACGCUGCCACAGGUGUCUCUGAGGCUGUUGCCUGGGGUUGGGGUGCAGCUGAACCUGCACACCAAGGUGGGCCUGCACGGCUCCGGCCCUCUGGGGGGCCUCCUACAGCUGGCUUGCGAGGUGAACGUGUCUUCACGGGUGGCUCUGGGCGUGAGCUCAAGGGGUACCCCCAUCCUCAUCCUCAAGCGCUGCACCACACUCCUGGGCCACAUCAGCCUGCUCUCAGGGCUGCUGCCUGCACCGCUUUUUGGAAUUGUGGAACAAACACUCUUCAAGGUUCUUCCAGGACUGCUGUGCCCCGUGGUAGACAGUGUGCUGGGUGUGGUGAAUGAGCUUCUGGGAGCUGUGCUGAGUCUGGUGCCCCUUGGGGCUCUUGGGUCCGUGGAGUUUACUCUGGCCACACUACCCAUUAUCUCUAACCAGUACAUAGAACUGGACAUCAAUCCCAUCCUGAAGAGUGUUGCCGGUGAUGUCAUUGACUUCCCCAAGCCCCGACUCCCUCCGGUGAAGGUGCCCCCCAAGGAAGACCACACGUCGCAGGUGACUGUGCCGCUGUACCUCUUCAGCACAGUGUUCUCGCUUCUGCAGACCAACGGGGCACUCGACAUAGAUAUCACUCCAGAACUGGUUCCCAGCAAUGUCCCGUUGUCAACCACAGACCUGGCAGCUCUGGUCCCUGACGCUCUGGGGAAGUUGCCGCCUGGCCAGAAACUUCUGCUUUCGCUGCGUGUGAAGGAAGCACCCACAGUCACACUUCAGAACAAGAAGGCCACAGUCACCAUCCCAGCCAAAAUUCACCUGCAGGCCCUCCAGGCCAAUGGGACCCCCGAAGCCCUCUUCGAUCUGAGUGGGGUCAUGACUCUGAAUGCUCAAUUGGCGCCCUCAGCCACCAAGCUGCACAUUUCCCUGUCCUUGGAGAGACUCAGUGCCAAGCUGGCUUCCUCUUUUGCUCAUUCCUUCGAUGCAUCUCGCUUAGAGGAAUGGCUCAGCCAGGUCAUGCGGGUGGCCUAUGUGCCCAAGCUUAAUGUGGACUUAGAUGUUGGAAUUCCCCUGCCUAAAGUUCUGAAUGUCAAUUUUGCCAACGCUGUUCUGGAUAUCAUAGAGAAUGCAGUUGUGCUGACCGUGGCAUCCUGA